AUGGCAGAGGAGGAAGUUCAAGCUCGUUCUGGAUGCUUUGAUGAAGUGCUUUACGACCCACUGCUAGAUUCAGAAGGUAGACAUGAAAUCCUUCAAAUUCAUACACGUAAAUUAAACACGAAACUGGAUUAUGAAGUUGAUCUCCGACAGAUAGCUGAAGGCACCAAGGGCUUCUCAGGGGCAGAUCUGGCUAACCUUUGCAGAAGAGUUGGAAUGAUUGCUCUGAGCGAAGACAUGUCCGCAACAGCUGUGUAUUACAGGCAUUUCCAGACUGCUUUAAGGUCGGUAAAAGAACCACCUACGGUAAAGGCAGCAUGUAUCAAGCAGAAGAGUAAGGGGACGGAGAAAUUGUUGCUCGGGGCAAUUCCUGCAAUCGUUUUAAUCACAUUUGCUGUUCAAAAAAUAUCCAAAGAAUCAUCAUCAGAUCAACUUCCUCCAUGGAUAUCCAAUUCUGAUAAUAAAAAAUCAAGAAAAUUAGCAUCUUCUUCUUCAAAAAAAGGAGAAAUUAUUGAUGAUUCUUACAUCAAACAGCAAGCUCUAGUUGCAUCUAUGUUGUAUCAUCAUCACAUGCAAAAUGGUGAUCUUCUUAAUCUGGACCGUUCAAUUUCUGUUAAGCAUCCUCCACCAUCAUCAAACAAACUGAAGAAGUUGCAAAAGAGAUCUUAUUCGGUUUCGGAUUCCAGCUCCAAGGCUUUGCAGAUCAUUCACCAGGAUGUAGGAACUGAGGAGUCUGACAAGAUGCAUUUUGUCCUAGUUCAUGGGGGUGGUUUUGGUGCAUGGUGUUGGUAUAAAAUCAUAGCCCUUUUGAAAGAAAGCAAACAUGAAGUUGAAGCCAUAGAGCUCACUGGUUCUGGACUCAAUUCUUGUGACAUAAAUUGCAUCACAACUCUAGCAGAAUAUGCUAAACCUCUUACUGAUUUUCUAGCAAAGCUUGAAGAUGGAAACAAGGUGAUUUUGGUUGGACAUGAUUUUGGUGGAGCUUGUGUUUCAUAUGCAAUGGAGUUGUAUCCAGCAAAAGUUUCUAAAGCAAUUUUUGUUGCAGCAGCAAUGUUGAAUAGUGGGCAGAGUAUUCUUGAUGUCUUCUCUCAAAAGUCGUGCUUAAAUGAUCUAAACCAACGCGCUUGGAAGUUUUCGUAUGCAAAUGGGAAGAGCCACCCACCGACUGCUAUUGAUUUAGACAAAUCAUUACUAGAUGACUUCUUAUUUAACAGAACAUCUGCAAAGGACAUCGCAUUAGCUUCAGUAUCAAUGAGGCAAGUCCCUUUUGCACCAUUAGCAGACAAGAUUUCCCUUUCUACAGCAAAUUAUGGCUCUAUCCCAAGUUUUUAUAUAAAAACAGAAGAAGAUUUUGCCAUUCCUCUCCCCCUUCAAGAGGCCAUGAUCAAAUCAAAUCAGCCAAAGCAAGUUUUUCAGAUAAAAGGCUCAGAUCAUUCGCCAUUUUUUUCAAAGCCUCAAGCGCUACACAGACUCUUAAUAGAAGUAUCAAAAAUCACAUCGGUGUAA